AUGAUGAAUUCUCUUUGUGGGAGUAUGGGGUCUAUUAAGAGUGAAAUCUCAUGCACCUCCGAUCUCAAACCACCGUCUCCGAACGAAUCGACAACCAUGUCCAUUUCCAUGUCCGAAUCUAAGAAAACCACAACUCCUCCAUCCUCUGAGAUGGAGCAGAGCAGCCUAACCCCGCCCAGCCUCAACUUUCCAACACUCAAGUUCGAGUUAGACGGUGAUGUUGAAGUCCAAUCACCCGACCAUUCCAUAUGGGAGUCUUUAUUCUCAGAACAGUUUGAUACCGACUUCAUGGUCUUAUCGCCAGUCCCAAACAACAUGCCUGAUUCACCCCAGCCAGGCUCUUCCUUAUCAGCUGCUCAUAAUAAUUACAAUUACAACUAUGCUCAGUCCAUGCAGGGCCAGAGCCUCUCAGGUUGCUCUCCUCCUCGGUUUUCGCCUCAUCUUGGAGCCUUCAGCAGCACCCACAACCCCAAAGGGAAGGGACUGAGCCCUCUCCGGAGGGUCUUCAACUCCCCUGUCAAUCAAUAUAUGCAGCCAGCUGAUCAGAACAUGCAGUCAAUGCCUCCUGCAUCUAUUGAAGACUUCUUGGAUGACUAUCAAAGAGACAGCUUCAUAGCAGCCUACCAAAAUCCAACAACCACAACAACAACAUCAUCAUCGAAGAUGUCUGGAACCUCAUCGCAGUCUUAUAAUCCUCAUGACAUGCCAACAUCUUCAACAGUUCCAGCUGCCCCCUUGGACUGCCUGCCAAUGCAGAAUUCUUCAAGGUUUAGCCGAUCCGUGAGUGAAACGUCGUUGGUUACGGCAGGUAAUUCUCAAAUGACCCAAGAGAGCAGGGCCAGUGCGUAUCAGCAGAUGGGCUCAAAUUGUGGCGCACCACUAUCACAGCAACUGCAACAAGAACGCCAGCAAGAGAAGCAACAACAACAACAGCCGUUGAUGCAUCCCAUAAAACACCAACUCCAUCACAACUUUAAUUACAUGGCCCCUAAUCUUCCUAUGGCUCCUGAACAGGAACAAGAUAGUGGGCUCCAACUGGUUCACCUCCUUCUGGCUUGUGCGGAGGCAGUUGCAAAAGAAGACUUCAUGUUAGCCAGAAGGUAUCUCCACCACCUCAACAGAGUGGUGACGCCUCUCGGCGACUCCAUGCAACGUGUCGCUUCCUGCUUCACGGAAGCCCUAAGCGCCCGCCUCGCCGCCACUCUAACAACCAACCCAGCUGCCUCCGCCCCUAAACCCUUCUCCCCUUUCCCUCCCAACUCCCUCGAAAUCCUCAAAAUCUAUCAGAUCGUCUACCAAGCCUGCCCCUAUAUUAAAUUCGCCCACUUCACCGCCAACCAAGCCAUUUUUGAGGCCUUCGAGUCCGAAGAACGUGUCCACGUCAUCGACCUCGAUAUCCUUCAAGGAUAUCAGUGGCCGGCUUUCAUGCAAGCCUUAGCAGCCCGCCCCGGCGGAGCUCCGUUUCUGCGGAUAACCGGGGUGGGCCCCUGUAUAGAGGCUGUGAAAGAGACGGGCCGUUGUUUGACCGAAUUAGCCCUCUCUCUUCAUGUCCCGUUUGAAUUUCACGCAGUCGGGGAACAACUCGAAGAUCUCAAGCCACACAUGUUCAACCGAAGGAUCGGCGAAGCCCUGGCCGUGAACACUGUGAACCGACUCCACCGAGUUCCGGGCAAUUAUCUUGGGAACGUCUUAGCAAUGAUCCGUGACCAAGCACCCAAUAUCGUGACUUUGGUCGAACAGGAAGCGAGCCAUAACGGGCCCUACUUUUUGGGGAGGUUUCUUGAGGCUCUGCAUUAUUAUUCAGCCAUUUUCGACUCGCUGGACGCGACGUUUCCGCCUGACUCAGCGCAGAGGGCGAAGGUGGAGCAGUACAUAUUUGCACAGGAAAUCAGGAACAUUGUGGCGUGUGAAGGGGUGGAGAGGACGGAGAGGCAUGAGAGAUUGGAGAAGUGGAGGAAGGUGAUGGAGAGCAAGGGGUUUAAGAGCGUGGCGCUGAGUGCAAACGCGGUGACUCAGUCUAAGAUAUUGCUGGGUUUGUAUUCCUGUGAUGGGUAUAGGAUGACGGAGGACAAAGGUUGCUUGCUCUUGGGGUGGCAGGACAGGUGUAUAAUGGCUGCUUCUGCAUGGAGAUGCUAAACUUGCUCAUGAUCUCAUUCAACUUGUUUUUGCUUUUACGUACACGGCUCUGAUUUUCGUCCAGCAUUCUGUCGUAACCACUGGACCCUGAGAUCUGAUAAUAAACAAUUGGUGUGUUGGUGGUAAGUAAGAUGAUUGGGAGGGAUUUUAUUAUGGAAAAUGCUAAGCUUAUCAUAUUUUUCAUAUCAUAUUGUGCACUACCUCUCUAAUAGAAGUGAGUCCCAUUGUA